CUUUAUAACUACUUCUUUGCCAACGAACUGUCCAUUUCCGUUCCUGCAAAUUCCAUUUAUCUUUUAACUAAUAAUAAAUGGAUCGUUGAUCUCCAAACCCUAAAUUUCUCAUUGCAGAGACGAUGAUGAGGUCGUUCCAUGAUCAUCAUACCUUAAAUUUUCAGAUCGCAUUUCUUGGCGCUGUUCUUCAUGGGAUCGGAGAAGUCUUUAUCUUUGGAAGAAAAGGUUGUCGACUCAUCAUCGGAACCUACGAAAAUAAUCCAAUGGGAGGAUCUUGAGCAGGAGCUCGCAAGACUGUGGAGUCUGUCAUCUGCACUCAAUAAAGCCAAGGAGAAGAAGAGUUCCCUCGAGCUGAAGCUUCAAUCCCUUAUUCAGUUAAGAGCAGAAGCACUGAGUAGGUCAAAUGAACUUGAGGAGAGGCGCCAAAAACUUGAGGCACGAAAGUUGGCGAUGGAUGAUAUGUCGAUGCGUUCAAAGCUUGUGGUAGAGGAUGUGAAAAAGCGUGAGGGGCGGCUUAGUGUUGAAAUUAAAACGAUUCUGGUUGCAGGGAAGGCUCUUUCUGUAGCUAGUAAACAAUUGCAGGAAGCAAAUAGGUUGCUAGCAGGAGAAAGAGGUCUUGUUCAUCUCAAAAAUUUGCAGAGGAUGCGAGGAAAGAGGCAACAAUAUAUGAUAGCACAGAUUGCAUUGUUGUAUCCUGUGAAGAGCUCAAUCGAACUGACACAUGGAGAGAAGCUUGAUUCAUCUUCUAAUGGUAGCAGAUCAGGUAAAAAUGGUGAUUCUGCUGGAUCCAAACCUCUUAAUCUAGGACCUUUGACCAUUUCAGGUCUACGACUGACUGCACUUCCUUUAAAGAAGGCAAGUUUUUUCAGUGACAAGAAAGAGGUCCAGAAGUAUGCUUCUGCCCUUGGAUAUAUUGCACAUGCUGUUUCGCUUAUUGCCUCUUACUUAGACGUUCCUUUGCGAUACCCAUUGCUUUUUGGAGGUUCACGUUCAUAUGUUAAUGACUAUGUGUCCUCGGUUGAUCCUAUGCCUUCUGAUUCCACAUCAAGUUCAUUACUUGCCACAGUUUCAAAGCCUACAGAGUUUCCUCUCUUUUUAGAAGGUCAAGACAUAACAAGAGCUGCUUAUGCAAUAUUCUUGUUGAACAAGGAUAUAGAGCAGCUCUUAAAUUUUAUAGGUGUUAAUAGUUUGGGGCCACGCCAUGUUUUGGCUAAUUUGAAGGAGCUUUUGAGGUCCAUCCAGUCUCAGGAAUAUAUAGACAAAAUUUGAUCUCCCUUUUAACUAUUGACUGUAACUGGUGUUUUGCCACUAACGAUUUGUGAAUAACUAAAAUAUUUUGAUUCUUGAGUGGGAGCAUUUUUUUUGGGAGCACCUUGGUCCUACAGCCCUGUAAGUUGUCACUUUGGCAUAAAUGUGAGAUUAUAUUUGAUAAGUUCCUGUAACAUAUUGAUUUGGUUCUAAUGUUGUAAACAAGGUACAAAGUGAUCCUAAGCCUCAAUGAUUUGCUUGAGAUUAUAGAUGCUUGAAAUUGGAGUGAAUGAAAGGUUUUGACCUUUUGGAUGUU